CAUUAAACACUUUUGGUUAAUUCUGGUUCGUUAUGAAGUUUUCAAAGUUUGUUGCCAAGCACUUACACCACAAGCCGAGAUUUAUGAAAAGUAUGAAUAUAAUAAUGACGGGUCUAAUAUAAUUACUAAUAUGAUUACUACACCACUAGAUAAGAUUUAUGAGUGUAAAAAUGAUGAUGACAGAUCUCUUGUAAUUACUUCGGAAGCUUUAA